AUGGAAAAAGUAGAAGGAGGAAACACUGUCAUUGUUGGAUCAGAUGAAGAUGAAGAUGAAUGGGCAAGAAGGAUCAGAGAGAUGUAUGAAGAAAGUGCAGAAGAGAGAAAAGCCAGGGCUGUGAAGCUUCGUGAGAACUACAGGAAGGUUUACUCUUGGAAAGCAGAAUGUGAGAGGUUUAAAGGGCUGAUUGAGAAAGUAGUGGAAAAUGGUAUGUUCAAUUAUUUUAUCUUUGCUCAAGUUUUAGUGCAGGUGAUGUUUCUUUAACAUACUGUAUGUGGAAAUAUAGAAACCUUAUGUAAAAGACUAAAUGCAGGCACUAUGACAUGAAGAUAGCACAGCUAGAUUGCAUGAUAAAUUUAUUUAUAUAGAUGUUUUGGUAUGGAUAAACUAGCAGUAAAAGUUUCCCUUCACUCACUAUUAACUUUAAACCCCCUACCCCCAAGGUGAAAUGGAAGCAAAGGAACCCUCACCUAUGUUUUAUUUGGUGGGGGGAAGGUUCAGUUACAUGUGGGCCAGAUUUCAGGUAUUGGAAGAAGGAACACUGGUGUAGAAGCCCUCUAAUAAUGAGAACCUACAAGCAGACUAUCAUCCUAUAUGUUUAAAGUUUAAUGUUAUAUUGAUUGUUCAAGUGGAUUCGAAGUACAAUUUUAAUUUAGACACUUUGCUACACAUCAACAGAUCAAAAAUUAAAAAUCAAGGUUGACGUGGAACACAUGAAACUUGGAGAUCAUAAUGCUUACGGUACAGCUUCAGCUUCAGCUUCAGCUUCAGUGCUAGAGCCAGCAGGAUAUCAGAAGGCAUCCAUAGCUUUGGGUGCAAAGAGAAAAAGACAAUCUGAUAAAGAUUUAGAAGAUCUCCAACCACUCGAAUAG